UUCUUAUCCAAAAAUGUAUUUGCUACUUAUAUUUGAAGGGGGAAAAUAGUCCUCAGCAAUUCAACAAUUUGGUGAGAGAGUGAAGCGGGAGGUUUGAUAAAGUCGGGUCAAAAUAAGGAUCGGGUGGGAGUUGGGUCCAAAGCAAAGGAAGGUCCAGUCCAGGCCCAACCGGAACUUCAUGACCUGCGAUGGAGAAGAAGAAGGUUAAUUCGAGAAGUUGGGAUGGGGUGCGGGUUACAGAACGGUGACCCCACCUUCUGUCACCCACAUCGGACCGACCCAACCAAACCCAACCAAACCAAACCAACCAAACCAAAUCUACCCAUCAAAACAAAACCAAACAAAACAAAACAAAAACCCACUCUCGCUCUCUCUGUUUCAUCAUAUAUGGCUGAGGUUCACUGUAGCAACGCUGGUGGAAUUAAGCUCUUUGGCACCGUCAUCACUUUACAGACCAGAAGCAUCAAGGAGGAGCCAGAGAAAGGUGGUGGGGGUGGUGGCGAUCAACCAGAGAUGAAGAGGCCGGAAAAAAUAAUUCCGUGUCCAAGAUGUAAGAGCAUGGACACCAAGUUCUGUUACUUCAACAAUUACAAUGUUAAUCAGCCCAGACAUUUCUGCAAGGGUUGUCAAAGGUACUGGACGGCAGGUGGGGCGCUACGGAACGUGCCCAUCGGAGCCGGCCGCCGGAGAGCCAAGCCGCCGCUGCCUAAUUGUCGAAUCCUUUCCGGAGAGCUUCCCGAGGAUUAUGGGCAGCUUUACGAUGCUGCUUCUGGGAUUAUUCAUCAGCUUGAAUUGGAUGCGGUGGAGGGGUGGCAUCUCACGGUGGCAGAACAGGAUUUCGCCCAAGUUUUCCCUCUCAAACGCCAGAAGAUUCAACACGGUCAAACGUCUUGAAUUAACCCCAUCUUUUUGUCGAUAAUUUUAUGUGGAAAAUAGAGAGGUAUACAGUUUUAAAUUUAGUGGAUAUAUGAUUAUGUACAUAUUUUGAUC